AUGGUAGAUCGACUUUUAAUGCACGAUACUCUUGUAUUUUUAGAAACAACUUCUAAUGGAAACCUCGAAAUUGUUGCAGAUAACUAUUCUUCUGUAGGUCCAUUUGUUAGUGAAAACAAUUUAAGGACUUUAGAUGCUAAUUAUUUAUUAGAAAACACUUCAAUAUCGAACGCUGGACCCAUUUCACGAUAUAAUGCACUUGUUGCCUCAGGAAUGGUAAGAGAAGAUUCAUUUCAACGUAGCAUUGUAAAUAUUUUACAAGAUAUGCACGAUCGUCUAUUGAAUUAUGAUCCACCACUUAUUACUGAUGCAACAGAUGAAGUAGAUAGUGGAUCAGUUUUUGGCAAGAUAUUUAAAUUAUUUGGCGCACUAUCUAAAAGUAGAACUAUUAAUAGUCCAAAAGGAUUAUAUCUAUAUGGGGAUGUAGGAUCAGGAAAAACCAUGUUGAUGGAUCUUUUCUACGAUACUUUACUAACGAAACGUAAACGUCGUGUACAUUUUCAUGCUUUUAUGCUAGAUGUACAUGAUCGUAUUUAUCGUUUGAAACAAGCAAAUUAUGAAACUUACGAUCCAAUACCACGAAUUGCAACAGAUCUAGCAAACGAUGCAAUAAUUCUUUGUUUUGAUGAAUUUCAAGUAACAGACAUUGCAGAUGCUAUGAUUUUACGUCGUCUUUUUGAUGAAUUAUUUAGUCGUGAUGUGGUUAUUGUAACUACUUCAAAUAGACACCCUGAUGACCUUUAUAAAAAUGGAAUACAACGAAAAAGUUUUAUUCCGUGCAUUGAACUUAUAAAACAAAAAUGUCAAAUUCAAACGCUUGAUUCUGGUGAAGAUUAUCGUAAACUUGCAAGAGAAACAACUCGAGCUUACUUUUAUCCAUUGAAUUCUCAAACUUCAGAAUCCAUAAAUAAUAUAUUUAAAACGUUAACAAAAAAUGAUCAUGUUACGAAAAGAAAAUUGAGAUUUCUUGGUAGAUCUUUAAUUGUACCGGAAUCAUGUAAUGAUAUAGCGAAAUUUACUUUUCGAGAAUUGUGUUGUCGAUCUUUAAGUUCAGCUGAUUAUUUAGAAUUAAUGAAAUAUUAUAAUGUAAUUAUUUUAACUAAUAUUCCACAAAUGAAUUUUGCAUUAAGAAAUGAAGCAAGAAGAUUUAUUACACUUAUUGAUGCUUUAUAUGAUAAAAAGGCAAUAUUAAUUUGUUCGGCAGAUACACCAAUUCAUGAUUUAUUCAAUGAAAAAUCUCCAUUGCAUCCCGAAGGUAUCCAGCAUACGAUAUUUGGUGAUGUUGAAUUUCAUUUGGGUAAAGAUGAACAAAACGAAAAUUUGCCUAUAUUUACGGGUGAGGAAGAAAAGUUUGCUUUUAAAAGAGCAAUUUCAAGAUUAACUGAAAUGCAAGGAGAAGAAUGGAUGAAGAAAGUUAUAUUAAGAAUUAGAUCCUCUGGAAAAAUUAAUGGUACUAGAUAA